AUGGCAUCCACCAACUCCACUGCGGAGGGCAUUGCUCGUACGGCCUCCUCAGCCUCGUACAUCCUCAAGGCAGUUGCGGGUUCGGAGCGUAAUGCUGCACUGACUGCGGUUUAUAAGCACCUUCAGGCUGCAAAGGAUGAAAUAAUCGAAGCCAAUAGAAAGGAUAUGGCGGCAGCAGAGGAGCAAGCAGUUGCCGGAAAACUGAGUAGGAGUAUGAUUAAAAGAUUGGAUUUGAGCAAGCCAGGGAAAUGGGAGGAUAUGUUGCAGGGAAUUCUGGAUGUACGGGAUUUGGAGGAUCCAGUUGGAAAGGUUACUUUAGCUACUAAAUUGGACAAUGGGCUCGACCUUCAUAGGGUUACGUCCCCAAUUGGUGUGUUACUUGUCAUCUUCGAAGCCAGACCGGAAGUCAUCGCAAAUAUCACCGCUUUGGCAUUAAAGAGUGGUAACGCAGCUAUAUUAAAGGGGGGGAAAGAAAGCACGCAGUCUUUCGCUGCCAUUGCUCGAGUAGUUUCCUCUGCACUUGGAACCACCUCAAUUCCUCCAGGUGCAAUCCAAUUAGUCGAAACCCGAGAGGAUGUAAGUGCCCUUCUUGAUCAGGAUCAGUACAUCGAUCUCGUGAUCCCCAGAGGUAGCAACGAACUGGUACGGUUCAUCCAGAAUAACACCAAAAUCCCGGUGAUGGGACAUGCGGACGGCCUCUGUGCUGUUUAUAUCCACGAAGAUGCGGACGAAGAAAAGGCUGUCAAAGUUGUAUUGGACUCAAAAACAGAUUACCCCGCAGCUUGCAACGCCGUAGAAACACUGCUUGUCCAUGAAUCGAUCUCUAAUACUGUACUCCCGAAGAUUGCCUCGGCUCUUCUUCAGGUCGGCGUUUCUCUCCGCUGUGACCUGGCCUCAAGAAAAGCUCUAGAAUCCCCCGGUCUUCCGACUGCAAUGAAGGCUAUUAUCCAGGAUGCCACACCACAGGAUUACCAUACGGAAUUUCUUGAUUUGACUAUCGCGGUGAAGGUUGUUUCAUCUUUGGAGGAAGCCAUCGUUCACAUUAAUACUCAUAGCUCAGGACACACUGAUGGUAUUCUGACCGAGUCAGAGGAGGUUGCGGAAAGGUUCAUGAAUGUUGUCGAUUCCGCUGGAGUAUUCUGGAAUGCCAGUACAAGAUUUGCGGAUGGGUUUCGUUAUGGGUUUGGGACAGAAGUCGGGAUUUCAACAAACAAGAUCCAUGCUAGAGGACCGGUAGGCCUGGAGGGAUUAAUGAUUUACAAAUACAAACUCCGGGGAAAUGGCCAAGGCGCCGGAGAUUAUGGAAGCGGGAAGAAGCAGUAUUUACAUCAGAAAAUUGAAUGA